CUCCUAACCACAAAUUGGAUCAGUGAAAUUCAUAGGUUUACACCAACAAUACCUUGUGUGUUAUACCAUGGUACACCUGAACAAAGGGCACAUAUUAGAAGCAGGAAGUUAAAAAAGUUAGAUCACACUUUUCCAAUUGUGGUUACGAGCUAUGAAAUUGCGAUGAAUGAUCGCAAGUACCUUCAGAAAUUCGCCUGGAAAUAUAUUGUUGUCGAUGAAGGACAUAGAAUUAAGAAUUUAAAUUGUAAACUUAUCCGAGAACUUAAGACUUAUCAAUCCGCGAAUCGUUUACUUCUAACGGGAACACCACUACAAAACAAUCUCGCAGAGUUAUGGAGCCUUUUAAAUUUUCUUCUACCCGAUAUAUUUGAUGAUUUAGAUAGUUUUCAAGACUGGUUUGACUUUUCUGCUCUUCAUGAGCAAGAUGGGGAAACUCAGAUUCUAGCAAGAGAACAGUCAAACGAAGUC